AAACCAAUUCAAAAAUCAUUCCCACAAAACCCCAAUUCCACAACAAUUCUCAAAAAUUAUUCAUACAAUGAUUCCAGAAAUUUAUAUUGAAGACGUUGAAUCACAACCAGAGACGUGUGAUUCCGAUGAUUCUCAAGAUGACCCAAGCUUCGACAUCUUAGAAGAGACUCAAUCUAGACUUUCUAAUCUCUCCAUCAAGAAGAAAUCCAAAUCUCGUAUUCCCGUGAAAGUUGGUGAUGAUGUUGAUUGUAUAGAGAUUGUGGAGCCGGUGUUCGAUGCAAAUGACCAAAAAACUUAUGAGAUCGUUCAAAAGACCAUUGAAGUUGGUCAGGUGGAGAAACUGAAAGUGGAACAAUGUAAGCUGUAUCUAAGGAAACACGGCUUGAGAUUAACAGGCAAGAAAGAUAUCCUCAUCGAUCGUAUCAAGGAGCACAUUAGUAUUAUGAAUGGUGAAGGAGAACAUAAAUACCCUGCUUCAAGUUUUGUUAUGAACUGUAAAGGUGAUGCAUGCACAGGAGACAUUGUUAUGUUUGAACAAAAUGUUUAUGAAAUGUUUAGUAUUGUAUCAAGGAGUGCUAAUGGUCCUCCUUGUGGAACAAGAAUUGUAGCAGGAAGAAUUGUAAAAGAAAGCUAUGGUGCUGCUAAACAACAACAUACAUUUACAGUUGAGGUUUUAUGGAGCAAAGGGGUGAAACCACUUCCUCCACUUCAUCCUUUACUCAUCAAAGGGAGAAAUCUUUAUAGGUUAAAGACAAUGAGACAGAGAUGGGAAGAUGAAAGUGAAAGACAGAAAAUAUUGUCUGAAAAACAUGCGAGAGGUAAUGCAGCAAGAAGCAAUAGGGAAACACGAAUUCAAGAAAAGGAAAAGAAGAAAGCAUUAAGGGAACACAGGUCAUCAAAAGGGAACAUUCAGAAUGAAAAAAAACAAGAGAAGAAAAGAAACACAUCAUCUCCUACACAACUCCUCCCUAUGAUUAUUAAUUCAAGGAAUCCCACAAACUUGCAUAACAAUAAUCACCAUGGAGGAUCAUAUAAAGAAAAUGUCAACUGUAAUACUUUAAGGAAUCAGGUUAGAAGGGAUUUUAAUAUGGAGUUCUAUCAUCAUCCUUCAAGACAAUUUGAAAGGCGUGAGUAUGAUGAUAUGAGAGAAAGUAUGGGCCCACAAAGCUAUAUUUUUCAAGGAGGUGGCAACAAUGGAUAUAUACCAAUGGGCCACAAUCAAGGACAGAGGGGGCAGUUUUGCAAAUAUCAAGGGCAGAGGGGGCAGUUUUGCAAAUACUAUGCCCAAGGAAGGUGCACAUAUGGAAUUAAUUGCAAAUUUCUGCAUUGAACAUGCAUGCACCUAGAUUCUUCAUGAU